AUGAAACGAAGACGCGACUUGCACAUCUUUCCGACAAAAGAUGGAAUCGAUCACGAGAUUUCAAACCGAUUUCUUCCGCUCAUCAACAACCUUGUUAUAAACCCUGUUAUCCCCAUUAGAGUUAUACCACCACGGAUUCUACCCGCUGAAAUACGCGCCCCAAUCCAGAAUAUAAAGGCAGCCAUGGUUACGGGACUGGACCUCGUCUCGACCGAGUUCUUGCGAGCUGGAGGACAUCGCCUACACGAGAUACCAUCCGCUAUGCCUGCUGAGCGUGCUUUACAAGUUCUUAAUAAAGAUUACACUUGGAUCUAG